UACCGUGAAAGAGUUUAAAUUGUAACUGACUCGUUGGAGCCGUCAGGGGGCGCCAGUGAGCCUUUCUCUCGGGAACACAUCCGGGUGUUUGACCUCGAGUGAGUCUCUCUGGCUGCGUCCGUCAGCUUCCUGGUUUAUUCCUGGAUUUCUGCUGGUGCAACAGUUGUUUUAUUGGGCAGUUAGUGGAUCAUUGUUCCUCGGAUUCACUAGACAUUCGUCUAAGUUCUAUCCAGAAAACUCCGUGUCUGUCGAUGCGUGUUGAUAUCCGCUCAUCUUGUGGCUCUUUAGCCUGAAGCUAACUGAAGAAGCCAAGGAAGCUGCGUCUGUAUCCGGAGCGAGGGGUGCAGAAGAUGAAAGAAGAAGAUGCUACAGAGCAGCAGGAGUGCAGCUCCAGUCAGGAGGGACAAGAGCCUCCUCUCAUUAAAGAAGAGAAAGUUAAGAAUGAAAUGGAAGAAGCCACACAGCCAUCUCUCACUGUUGUGGAGAGCGAGGAUGAUGAACUUGGAUGCUGCAGCUCGACUCAACAAAUGAAAACAGAAGCUGAUGGAGACAAGUGUGGAGGACCAAACCCAGCCAGCGACUUUGACACAUCUCUUCAUGCUGACCAGCAGAGGUCGCUGUGCUCUGAAUCUGACACUGACGACAGUGAAGACUGGGGAGAAACCAGUAACAAUCAUUCUGGUUCAAACUCUGUUGAGGAUCCAAACAUUUGUGGACAAAAAAGGGAAAAAAAGUCAUUUAAGGACUGCCAUUGCGUUGAAUGUUUCUCUCUUUCAGGUAACCUGACUCGGCACAUGAGGAAACACACAGGAGAAAAACCUUUCAGCUGCACUCACUGUGGUAAAUGUUUCAGAAUUACAGCCCAUCUGAAACGACACUUGAGAAUACACACUGGAGAAAAACCUUAUCGCUGCACUCACUGUGGCAAAUGUUUUGCUCAUCAAAGUAAUUUGACUAAUCACAUGAGAAUUCACACAGGAGAAAAACCUUUCAGCUGCACUGAGUGUGGUAAAUGUUUCAGAAUUACAGCCCAUCUGAAACGACACCUGAGAAUUCACACUGGAGAAAAACCUUAUAGCUGCACUGAGUGUGGUAAAUGUUUGAGGAAUACAACAGAGCUAAAACUGCACAUGAGGAUUCACACAGGAGAAAAACCUUAUAGCUGCACUCACUGUGGUAAAUGUUUUGCUCAUCAAAGUAAUAUGACAAGUCACAUGAGAAUUCACACAGGAGAAAAACCUUAUUGCUGCACUCACUGUGAUAAAUGCUUUGCUCAGCAAAGUAUUUUGACAAGUCACAUGAGAAUUCACACAGGAGAAAAACCUUUCAGCUGCACCCAGUGUGGUAAAUGUUUUAUUCAAAAAUGUUCGUUGGAUAUUCACAUUAGAGGUCACACUGGAGAAAGGCCUUAUAUCUGCUCUGAGUGUGGUAGCUCUUUUAAAGACCGUGGGAACCUGAAGCUACACAUGAAAAUUCACACUGGAGAAAAACCCUAUCUCUGCUCCCAUUGUGGCAAAUAUUUUACACGGAGCUACAACUAUAAGACCCACAUGAAGAUCUUUCAUCAGAAAUGCUAAAAUCAUUGAUUCAACCUGACAGUCUCCCUCGUCUGAGAAAUAAAACUGAUGUAUUAAAAAACAACUACAAAGGAUUUCACUGAAUUCUUGUCUAUGAUGUCUAUGUGUUGUAAUAAUGUCACCUGUACAGCUCAGAAUGUUCUUGUAAAAGGUUAAUGAAAACUUUCC